AAAUGCUCUGCCUAAUGAAUCUCAAUGUUGUUCUCUCUUCUAUGGUCCUCCUCGUUGUCCGGUCCAGUGAGUCAUGGUGCUGAGAUUAUUGGAGGUCAACAAGUGUCUCCUCACUCGAUGCCUUUCAUGGCUCUGCUGGAGGGAAAGAAAAUCUGUGGAGGAAUAUUGAUCAGUACAAACUGGGUCCUGACUGCUGCCCACUGCUCUGGUAUCAAGAGGGUCUCGCUGGGGGUGCACUCCAUAAAAUCCACAAAAAAGGAGAAGAAUUUGAGGCAGGUCCUAGAGGUGAUGAGUUCGGUUCCUCAUCCUCUCUAUAAUAAGACUAAUCACAUCAAUGACCUCAUGUUGCUCAAGCUCAGCAAAUCGGCAAAGAAAACCAAAACAGUAGCAUGGCUUAAUUUGGGUAAAACCAUCAAAGACCCACGAGGUGGCUCCAACUGCAGGGUGGCUGGAUGGGGGAGGACAAAGGAGAAGGUCAAAAAAAUGUCUGAUGUCCUGAUGGCAGUCAAUGUGACUGUGGUGGACAGAGUGAAGUGCAACUCUCCUGACUAUUACAACUCAAGACCUGUCAUCACUAAGGACAUGAUAUGUGCUGGUUAUGUUGGUAAUAAACCUGCUGAUACCUGUCAGGGUGAUUCAGGUGGUCCGCUGUUGUGCAAUGGAGCACUAGUCGGAAUCACUUCUUUUGAAAGAGGUUGUGGCCAGAAGAAUUUUCCUGGAGUUUAUGCUUUCCUGUCAAAGAAAAACCUCAACUGGAUCAAAAAGACAAUGAAGAAGUCUGAAAUAUAA